ACCUCACUCUGUUCCAUGCUAAUAGGGCACAAUUCAUGUGCCUUUUUCAAUCUAUUUUUCAUGGAAAUGAAGUCUUGUUUUGAAAGUUAAAGAAGGAUCUUUUGAAAACUGGAGAACCUCACACACAAACUCAGAAUGGAUGUGCAUGGAAACAGCAGGUUUCAAGAAGGGUACCAGUAUCUGGCUGGUAAUGAAUAUGACCAAAUUCAGGCAGCACGUGGUGGAUCACCAUCAUCUUUUGGAGUGAAGGUGCAGGUACAGGGCAUACAGGGACGUCCCUAUGUGGUACUAAAUGGACAAAAUAAGUCCUCACAUCCUCCUGUCCAUCCAGAUGUCUUUUUCAUGGAUCAGCUAGGUCAAGAAUAUGUUUCAACCAUGAAUGGUCAGGGUUUAAGCAUCCAUAGGCCUUUAAUUGAUUACAGGUCAAUGCGGCAGAUGCAGAUACCUCCUUCAGAAACUCAGUUCUCUACUCCAUCAUCUCCCUUGCUAAACUACCAGAGAAACCCUGCACUUCUCAGACCUUAUGAUCCCAGAAGCAACAAUAUGGACCUACAUGACUCUCCCAAUCUUAUUAAGGCUAAGUCUAACUUUGAUGUAAAUCAGUUCAGUACAAACACUUCAUCUGUUUCUUCAUCCAAUGUAAUGGUGAAGAGAACCAAAAUCCCUCUUCCUGGUACAGGGAGAGAUGACCUAGAUUUCGGACAAUCAUCAGCUGAAAGUGUUCCUUGCCGACAAUCGCAUAUCAUCUGCAGGCUGUCUGUACCUUACUCUGGUGAGGACAAUGGACAUUGCUCAGGUAGGGUCAGUAGAGUUAGACAUAGAAAGCAGUUGGAUCCCCAAGAGAGAAAACGAUCACAGAGUGCAGGUCCAUCUAGUUCUGGUCACUCUUCCAGGACAAGCCCAGUAUCUUCAGGAGGACAAAGGAUGGGAGAAGGAUUGGCUUUCCCAGCCUCCUUUAUUGGCUCUGUGUCCCGAAAUGAAAGUCUUCCAAAGGUGAGAACAGGAGACAAUAUUUAUGAAGCGGAUAAAAGAAGUCUCAUGGCAGCCGAGUUUGACGGAUUGACAAGAACUGAAUGGAUGUCACCAAGAUUAGUAAGAGCCAAUUGUAAAAAUGAAAGAGGAACCACAACCAGAUGUCCUCCACAAAAUAGUGGCCAUUCAAGCCCAGAAAGGGAGGCCCAGGUGACCCCUGAUAUUUUGAAAGGACAGCAGGAGCUUGUGGAUCAUCAACAUCAACAUGAAGACGUGACUAAACUGGCGUUGUUCAACUACCUCAAAGAAGGGAGUGGCGAGGGAGAUGAGAUCAUCAGGCAGAAGGUAAAUCUGCUCUUUGAGAAGAUCCAGAUGUUGAGGUCAUGUGCUGUCCAGAAUGUGGAGGAGCUGUCUGACUCAGUGGCUAAGGUGAAAGAGCUCCAGGAGAGAAAAAAUGAACUGGAGAGCCAGGUUGUUCAGCUAAAGCAAAAACUGGAGGAAGAAAUCAAGGACAGAGAAAGUCUAUCACAGGCAAGUGAGAAGACUUCAGAGGAGCUGAAAAGACUGCAAGAGAAGUUAAGUAGGAGUGAACAGGAGCAAGUCUCACUCCAACAGCGACUCACUGAUAUGGAGAAAGAGUUGCAAGCCUCAAUAGAAACAGUCCUGCAGCUCAAAAGGGAGCGAGAACGGAGUCGGGCAGAGACAAAAAGUCUUCAGCAGCAGCUCUCAGAUAUGCAUGAUGUACUGGACAACACUAAGAGCACAGAGCUCAAGGAGAAAGACUCCAUCCUACAGGAGCUAGCUAAUUUGCGCAUGGAGUUCCAGGAGCUGCAGCAGGUGCAUGAGGAACAGGAAGAUGUGUUGUGCUGGAAGGAGAGGGAGCUCACAGCCAUAAAGGGUGCGCUUCAGGAAGAGAUUACAGUCCAUGCCAAAGAGGUGGAAACACUGAAAGAGCAACACAAGGAGGAUAUUCAGAAGCUACUCAAGGCCAAAGAAGAAGUUAAAGAGAAUGUGACGGCUUUGGCUCAGAAGAAAAAGGAUGUGGAGGCUGAACAGAGAAAAAGUCAUGCCCAGGUUCAAGAGCUCAAUCUGGCUAAAGAGCAGCUCCUUGGCCAGGUUCGAAGUCUGGAAACCCAAAUCACAACCCUGAACAACAUCAUCCAUCAGUCAAAGAGCCAGGAGAAACAGCUCAGAGACCGCCUGGACAAGCUGAUGGAGGAGAAACAGGUACUUGAGGAGGAGCUUUCUGAGGUUAGACAGCAAGAGGAGGACAUGUGUGGUGCAAACAGAGCUCUUACUCGACACCUGGAGGACACACAGAGUGAACUGACGAAGCUGAACCAGGAGCAUCGGCAACUGAAAGAAAGACUGAAAGAGGAGGAGAGACAGAUGGAGGAGCUCAGAAAUAGCAAAAGGGACAUGGAGCAGGAAAGGAGGAGGCAUGACAGAUCCUUUGAGAAACUACAAGAAGAGAUAAAGAACGUGCUGGUGAAUUCAGAAAAAGAGACUCAGAGACUGCAGGACGAAGUGGACGAAGCCCGAGAGCAGAGCUCACAGGAGCUCAGUGCACUACGCAUACAGCUCCACAACACGCAAACAGAGCUGGAGAAACACUCACGAACCUCACAGGAAUUACAGAAAGAGCUGUCUGGGCUGGAUGCCGAGUUGGCUCAGCGUGAAGCAGAGUUGGAGAAGACUGAGCUAAAGUGUAAACAGCUGGAGAUGAGAGUGCAGGAACUGCAGGAGUGCAACAAAACCGUGCAUGAUGAUCGAGACCGACAAGUCAAAUUAAUGGAGGCGAGGGUAACUCAGCUACAGGAUGCCCUGACUGAGGAGCGCAGCAGCGGUGACACACUGGUGCAGAGAAUGGAAAAAGUUAAAGAGCAGGUAGAGCAGGUGAGAUCAGAACUGCUACAGGAGCGAUCAGUUAGGCAGGAACUGGAGUGUGACAAGAUCAGUUUGGAGAGACAGAACAAGGACCUGAAAAGUCGAUUGUCGCAUUUAGAAGUGUCUCAGAAGUCGAGUCAUGAAGGACUUGUCACCAAACUAGAGCUGCGAAUUCAGGAGCUGCAGGAGAGACUUAAUGAGCAGGAGAGAGAUAAUAACACUCUGGAGCAGGCAAACCGUAAGCUGGAGAGGAAGAUGAAGGAGAUAAAUAUGCAGGUGAACGAUGAACAGCUUUCACUACAGAACCAGAUGGAUCAGUUAACUCUUAGACUAAAGGUACUGAAGAGGCAGCUGGAUGAGGCAGAGGAAGAGAUAGAGCGACUCGAGAACAGUAAGAAGAAACUUCAGAGAGACCUGGAUGAACAGCAGGAGAUCAACGAGCAGCUUCAUAGCCAGAUCUCAAACCUGAAAACAGAGCUGAGGCGCAAAGUAAAACCAGUUCUGAAGUCUUUAAUUGAAGAUGAAGAUGAGGAAGAAUGGAAUCUGAGCACAAAGUGAACACAAAAACAAACUGAUUGAGAUAUAAUGUAAUGCUAAUGCUCUUCUCAGCCCACAUCCAUUUCUGUUAAUUUUUUAUUUUACUGUAUAUUUAUAUUUUCUAUUUUUUUUUGUAAGGGAAUGCACUGUCCUGGUAAUUGCCUCCAACCGGAGUAUUUUUUGAUGAUCUGCUUCCCCCUUCUGGUAAUUUUAAAAACAUUGCCGCAUCAUAUCCACGUGAUGGCGGAUUUGAUUACACUAAUGUCAUUUAUUUCAUAACAAGUUUUAUUAACUUGCUGGCUCAUAUAAAUGCUUGAAGCCUUAUAUUAUAUACGUGUGUAA